ACCGGGAGGAUGGCAUGGAUCUGGGCAGCGAUUCCUCCAGUCGCUCCAGCUCUGAGUCCAACUCAAACAAGGUGACGCCAUGCUCCGAGUACAAGUCCUCUCCCAGUCUGGAGCUGGCCGGACUGGAGGACUACGAGGAGGACGAGGACUACCAGCAGUACAAGAGGAGAGCGCUGGUAGACUGGGAGAGGGAGUACGGUGGGAGCUACGCAGACGACCAGCAUCAGGACUUCAGCCAGACCUCGGUUAACCGCCGCAGCCUGGCGGAGGAGCUCCAGAGCGCCAAAGCGCCUCUCACAGGUCCCGUACCCGAGGAGCUGAAGCAGAACGCCAACUCCAUCCUGCCCUGCGAGGGCAAGACUUCAGGCAAACCCAGCCACGGGAGCGGCGUGACGGGACGGGAAUCCGGAGAGGUAAGAGGCGGGAUCGGGCUGGGACCAUACAGAGAGGAAGAGGUGGAGGAAAGCCAACUUCCACCAAUGGACUGGGCGGCUCUGGAGAGACACUUGGCGGGCCUACAGUUCAGAGAACAGCAGAACCACAACCACGGCUUGAUCCGGACCAACUCCACCAGCGCCCAGAAGAAUGAGCGGGAGUCCAUCCGGCAGAAGCUGGCGCUGGGCAGUUUCUUUGACGAUGGGCCGGGGAUCUACAGCAGCUGCAGCAAGAGCGGCAAACCCAGCCUGUCCUCACGGCUCCAGAGCGGAAUGAACCUGCAGAUCUGCUUCGUCAACGACAGCGGCAGCGACAAAGACAGCGACGCAGAUGACAGCAAGACAGAGACCAGCCUGGACACACCGCUGUCUCCCAUGAGCAAACAGAGCUCGUCCUACUCGGACAGAGACACCACGGAGGACGAUUCGGAGUCUCUGGAGGACAUGGACUUCUUGAGCCGACAGAAGAAGCUGCAGGCCGAGGCCAAGCUGGCUCUCGCGAUGGCCAAACCCAUGGCCAAGAUGCAGGUGGAGGUGGAGAAGCAGAACCGUAAGAAGUCUCCUGUGGCGGAUCUGCUUCCUCACAUGCCGCACAUCAGCGAGUGUCUGAUGAAGCGGAGUCUGAAGCCCACGGAUCUCAGAGACAUGACGCUGGGACAGCUGCAGGUCAUCGUCAACGACCUGCACUCACAGAUCGAGGGUCUGAACGAGGAGCUGGUGCAGCUGCUGCUGAUGAGAGACGAGCUUCACAUGGAGCAGGACGCCAUGCUGGUGGACAUCGAGGACUUGACCAGGCACGCUCAGAGCCAGCAGAAGCACCUGGCGGAGAAGACGCUCUCCAAAUGAAGCCGCACGCUCUCCACACACAUCCGUUUAGACAGACACCUUUCCUUUGCUUCUGUGGUUCCUCCAGAACGUCUUGGAAACUGCCAGCGAUCGCCUCGUACACCCGUCUCAGUCCUUUACCUUUGCCACUCAAUUACAUAGAGCGGUGUGGAAACACCUGGUGAGCUGGCUGUUGAAUGUUUGAGUUGGACAGUAUUUAAGCACAGCCGGUCAGCGAUGGCUUGAAGCUGCUCGAGAGGAAACAUGCCUGCCUUGUAGUCGACGUGUAGCUCCGUGGAUGUUGAUUGUGACACGAGUCAUCUGAAUAAGUGUGUUCAUAUCAUUUUCAUUCUAUUGUAUUCAGAUUCUUUAUUUGAGGGAGAUGCUUCUGUACAGAUAUGUGUAAAAUAAGAAAAAUAAAACUUUGUUUCAUAGAC